AAUACCAACAUCGCUUCUCAGUUGGUGUUCACUAGUUCAUCAUGAUGGUUCAAUCCUGGGUACUCUUUCCAUUGGCUCUAGCUGUGUUUACUUCUUCUCAGAUUCAAACUGCAUCUGCGGAUGAUAAAAAAGUGCCAUGUUACGACAAAAACGACUGUGGUCUUAACGGCCAAGUAUGCAAUUAUUCAACAGGGAAAUGUGUGCGGAACCCCUGCAACACUGUGCGCCCUAAGAAGGGUUACACUUGUGUGGUGGUGUAUGAGGAUGAAGAUGGUUACCCAUGUCCCCCCGAAUGUGAUUGUCAACCAGACUAUCAUGACAAGCCAUGUUACGACGAAAACAACUGCGGUCAUAGCAACAAAGUAUGCGAUUAUUCAACAGGGAAAUGUGUGCCGGACCCGUGCAAAACUGUAGACUGCAAGAAGGGCUACACUUGUGUGGUGGUGGAUGGGGAUUGUCAUGACGAUGAUUACCCAUGCCCUCCCAAAGGUGAAUGUCAACCAAACUAUCAUGAAAAGCCAUGUUAUGAGAAAAACAACUGUGAUCAUAGCUACCAAGUAUGCGAUACUUCAUCAGGGAAAUGUAUGGAUAACCCCUGCAACACUGUUCGGUGCAAGGGGGGCUACAAGUGUGUGGUGGUGUACAAGAAAUGUUCUCAUGAUGAAUACCCAUGUUACCCCAAAGCUGAAUGCCAACCAAUAGAUGAUAAGUGUUAUAAAGACAGCGACUGCAAAAGCAACGAGAUUUGUGAAUCAGGAAAAUGCAAAGAGAACUAUUGCAAAGAUGUAUAUUGCCGCUACGGUUACGAGUGUUACAUAAAAAAGGAUCAAUGCAAGAAAGCCCCUUGUCCUCCACCAGUCGCUGCAUGUCAACUAGACCAAAAAUGCGGUGAAUAUACUUCUUGCAAGUCUCACGAAGUGUGCGACCGCUCGACAAGCAAGUGUAUCGACAGCCCGUGCAACUACGCCAAGUGUGGUCCAGGCAAAGAGUGCCGAGUGAACUACGUCCAGUGCUUCAAGGCCCCGUGUCCGCCACUGGCCCAGUGCGUUCCUAAACCUGGCUCAUGUGAUGAAGUGAAAUGUGAUGAAGGCAGUCAUUGUGAGAAUGGAUAUUGUGUUUUGGACAAGGCAUGCGCUGCAGUAUUGUGUCCCACUGGAUCUUACUGCUACAAGGGAAAGUGCUUCAAGGAAGUUAAGUGCCGAAAAGGCGAGUGUGGACCAGCCCAGAAGUGUUACGAAGGCAGUGAGUCCUGCAAGAAACCUCAUUGCCCUACAAAGAGGAUCUGUGUCACAGAGAGGUGCCCUUAUGUGAAAUGUGCCAGUGGAACUCAUUGUGUUGAUGGAAAAUGUGUGCCUCGUCACUCUUGCCUGUAAAACUUGUGUAGUUACACCAACCUAGAAAAUAUAUUUAGACUGCAGUGAAUUUAUUUAUGAAAAUAAAUAUUUUCAAUGAUA